AGCCCACUCGUGCUGCUGCUUUACUGUGAUCAUAUGAUAGGAGUCGAUCCCAUCUGCAAAAUACCGACACACCGGGCGGACACCAACGGAGGAUCUGAGCUUAGGAGACUGUAGCUGAUGGUAGAUUUGUAGCAGCCGCAGAAGAAGUGCGCGGACUGAAGUGUUGCCUGAAGUGUCAGAAAACAGAGCCAGACUCCCCCCUUAUAGGAACUUUUUCAAACUCUGGAGAGAGUCGGACGGAGGGGGCACCUGUUGGAAAGCAGGAGAGAGCUCGCAUACGAAACGUUAACCGAAAGGCAGGCGAAUUAACCGGGGCUGAGAUUUGAGUUUGAUCCGCUUGCUAGAGAGGCGGUCUGCGUGUCGAGGCCAGUGGCAUCCCCUGGGGUCCUCGCAUCGCAUUUCCUUCAAACUUUGUUAGGUCACUUUAUUGUAGAAGCAAACGCCAUGGUCGGAGAGACAGAGGUGAAGGAGAGACCCAAGUCCAACCCGGACUAUCUAAUGCAGCUGAUGAACGACAGGAAGGUGAUGAGCUCCCUGCCAAACUUCAGUGGCAUCUUUACGCAUCUGGAGCGGCUGCUGGAUGAAGAAAUUGGCAGGGUACGCAAGGACAUGUACAACGACACAGUGAACGGAGGCAUGUUCAACGGGCGGGACAUGGAGGAACUUCCUGAAGCGAUCGGCCCCGUGGCUCAGCUGCAGGAGAAGCUCUAUGUGCCUGUCAAAGAGUACCCUGACUUCAACUUUGUCGGGAGGAUCCUGGGCCCACGCGGACUGACAGCCAAACAGCUGGAGGCAGAGACUGGCUGCAAGAUUAUGGUGCGAGGAAAGGGCUCCAUGAGAGACAAGAAGAAGGAGGAGAUGAAUCGAGGGAAGCCCAACUGGGAGCACCUCAGCGAGGACCUCCAUGUCCUGAUCACAGUGGAGGAUACACAUAACCGGGCCAAGAUCAAACUCCAGCGGGCCAUCAAUGAGGUCAAGAAACUUCUCGUGCCUGCUGCUGAGGGGGAGGACAACCUGAAGAAAAUGCAGCUGAUGGAGCUGGCCAUUCUCAAUGGGACCUACAGAGACGCCAAUGUCAAGACGCCCACUGCCGCCUUUCCGCUAGCGACCCCUCAGGCUGCUCGGAUCAUCACAGGCCCAACGCAAGUCCUGCCUCCCGCCCUGCGCAACCCCGCCCCCGUUACCACGCCGACCAUCAUGCCUCUGAUCCGUCAGAUCCAGAGCUCCACGCUCAUGCCGGGAGCCAAUCCACACCCGGCGCUGGUGCAACAGGGACCUGAAUCUGGAAUAAUCUACACACCCUAUGAGUAUCCCUACACACUCACGCCUUCCAUAUUGGAAUACCCGAUUGACUCAACUGGAGUAUUAGUCCCCUCUCCCUGUGUUUUCGCAGCAGGUGCCAUGACCACUAAGGUACGACGCCACGACAAGAGAAUCCAUCCUUACCAAAGGGUAGUGACCACAGACAGAGCUGCCACGGCAACUAACCCAUGACCCCUUGACCUUCUGACCUUUCCGCCCACUGAUGACCCACCCAUGUCUGCCUGCUGGUGCACUCAUUGGCCCACGGCUCUGCCGCUCCCCCAGCUCAGCCAACCAGAGACCAGCACAUUGGGAACAACCUGGCUGCUUCUGUUUAACCAACCAACCAGAUGACAGCGAUCCUGGGAAUAAACCUCAGCCGCCAAGUCCUAACCUGAACUUUACCAAACGUGCCUUUCUUCCAAAACUCCAAAGCCAAUCUCAAAAUAUUUUUUUAUACAACCAUCCUACAGUCAGAAUCCCAGUCUGUAGGAGUUGUUGCCAUGCAUCUCCUGGCAACUACUACCUGUGAGUAGACUUGACUGGGGAUGGGCCCCAUACUGGUGAAGGGCUCCUACACCAAUCCAUAGAUGAGCUAAACUCUCUCUCUCUGAGCUAUCCUGCCCUCAGUUCCUGUGAUGCAAUAACAAUAACUCUAUUAAUAAUGAUACUGAUAAUGAUGGUGCUUAUACAGCACAGAAACACUAAACUAAAGAAGAGAUAUGUUGAUGUUUUAGGUAUUUUUCCUCAAGGAUCACCUCUCACUUAACAUCGAAAAUGUUUCCCCACAAUCUUUAAAGGGAUAGCUUCUUUUAUGGACAUGCAUUAAUUUCAUUGUAACACAUUAUAAUUGGUUUUAAAAAUGUCAUAUAUUAACACGCUUCAAAAUGGAACACCAACUUGUGGUUCCAAUGAUGUUAAAAAUGUCACUUGUUUUUUGUUUUGUUUUUAAGAGUGCACUAUUUUAUGCUGCAUUUGCCUUUAAAAUGGCAGCGUGAUUUGUAUUUGUCCUUACUGUGUUUUAGCAAAGAACAUUUAAAAAUUGUUUGGUUAAGUAAAAUGCAGAACCUUUCACCAUAAUGCAGCAGGUGCUCAGUGAGGAAAAAUAACAAACUGGAAUUUAAAAUGCCAAAGUAUCUCUGGGUUUUUCUUAACAAGUAAACCAGCCAGAUACUAUGUUGACACAGACAGUAUAAAUGCCAAGCCUGUACAGUGUAGAUACACACAGAGGGAAGGUUGCACUUCUUUUGUCUAAAUAUCAAGAACUUACACAAUGAUGCCUUUGCCUUUUUCACACUACAGUAUUGUAUGAGCUUAAACAACAGUGCCUUUAUUUAUCGAACGCGAUGGAUCAUUGUUACACCUACAUCUUUUACUAGUAUAUCGUGAGUUUGUGCCCAGCAUGAAAUGAUGCCAUUUGGUUUUAUGCAGAUUAAUUAGGACUGCAGAGAACUGUCACAGCCUAAUUGUCAUCAUCUAGAUUUUAUGGCUUUCUCAAUUCCAGUUUUUGUGCCAAAAAAAAGUGGCUUAUUUGAAUUGGAAGUGCACUACGGUACUCAAGCUCCAGCUGCAACUUCUGAUAUGUUUAUGUGAGACUCAGAUGCCUCAAGAGCACAGUGUUUUAUUUUAUUUUUCUCUUUCUGUUCAGGUGAUGGUUUUGUUGGAGAUGAAGUAUGUUUGCAUGUGUGUCCACUUUUUCAGAUGGUGUGGUACAGUUUUACACAUACAGACAAACCAACUGAUGCCUUCACGUAAAAAAAAAAACAUGAAGUCAUAACAUCUGUAACAAGUUUAUAAUGUAUUUUUAUAUUCUAUUUUGUACGUGAAAAAUAACAUUAAAUGGCCUUUUCAGAUAAGAA